AUGCUCGGCUCGAGUCUCGUUGGCUUUGGGCUGCUGGCCAGAGUCUGCUCCGCUGCGCUGCUGCCCCGGUCAGACCUGAAUCGCUGUUCAGGGUACAAAGCCUCGAAUGUAAAGACCAGUGCGACAGGCCUCACGGCAGAUCUGAAGCUCGCCGGCCCUCCUUGCAACACAUACGGGACCGAUCUGGAGAAACUCCGCCUCGAGGUCACUUAUGAAACCGAGAACCGCCUCCAUGUAAAGAUCCAGGACGCUGAGGAUCUUGUCUAUCAGGUCCCGGAGUCUGUCUUUCCCCGGCCAAAGAGCACUGGAGCCAACGCGAGAAGAUCGGCCUUGGUCUUCAACUACAAGACCAGCCCUUUCUCCUUCACCGUCUCACGUGCCAGGACCGGCGAGGUGCUUUUCGAUACGUCUGCGGCGCCGCUUGUUUUCCAGUCCCAGUACCUCCGCCUGAGAACCAAGCUUCCCAAUAAUCCCAACCUCUACGGACUUGGCGAGCACUCGGAUCCGUUCAGGCUUAACACCACCAGCUAUAUCCGAACCCUCUGGUCGCAGGACGCCUUUGGUACACCCAACGGCGCAAACCUCUAUGGAAACCACCCCGUGUUCUUUGAACACCGCAAAAGCGGCACCCAUGGCGUAUUCUUGCUCAACUCUAACGGCAUGGACAUCAAGAUCGACCGUGAAGGCCAGUCCGGCCAGUACCUGGAGUAUAAUACGUUAGGCGGCGUCUUGGAUUUUUACUUUGUCGCCGGCCCCAGUCCCAUCGAGGUUUCGCAGCAGUACGCCCAAAUCGUUGGACUGCCAGCCAUGAUGCCUUACUGGGGCUUUGGCUUCCACCAAUGCCGGUACGGCUACCGGGAUGCCUUUGAGGUGGCCGAGGUGGUGUACAAUUAUAGCAGUGCGCGGAUCCCGCUAGAGACAAUGUGGACUGACAUUGACUACAUGGACCGCAGGCGGGUGUUCUCCAACGACCCCGAACGGUUUCCCAUGUCCCUGAUGCGCGGCAUCGUGGACCAUUUGCACGCGAAUCAGCAGCACUACAUCGUCAUGGUGGACCCGGCUGUGGCCUACGCCGAUUACACCCCCUAUAUUCGGGGCGUGGAGGAUAACAUCUUCCUCAAACGCAGCAACGGCUCCGAAUGGCUAGGCGUUGUUUGGCCCGGUGUCUCGGUGUUUCCUGACUGGUUCUCGGCGAACAUUUCCAGGUACUGGAACAAUGAGUUUGCCCUGUUCUUCUCGAGGGAUGCCGGUGUCGACAUCGACGGCCUCUGGAUCGAUAUGAAUGAGCCGUCCAACUUCCCCUGCUACUUCCCCUGCGACGACCCUUUCAGGUCGGCUAUCGGCUUCCCGCCCACCCCGCCGGCCGUUCGAAGCCACGCUCCGCGCCCCCUUCCCGGGUGGCCGUGUGAGUUCCAGCCGGAGGGGUCUGACUGCAAACGGAGCGAAGGCGUCUUGGCCAUCAGCGCACCAGUGGCUCGGGACCUGGCCAUCGAGCAUGUGCCUGCCGCCCUCGAUGCCCGCGCGGCGGAGGGCAAGUGGAUGGGGCUUCCCGGUCGGGACCUCCUUUUCCCCAAGUAUGCAAUCCACAACAAGGCAGCGUACCAGGACUCGUGGAACGCAGAGCAAGGCGGCAUUUCUAACAAGACGGUCAACACCGACGUCAUCCAUCAGAACGGCCUGGCCGAGUACGACGUGCACAAUCUCUACGGAUCCAUGAUGUCGAUCCAGUCCCGUCAGGCCAUGCUAAGCCGGCGGCCCGGUCUGCGUCCGCUCAUCAUUACACGCUCCACCUUUGCAGGGGCCGGUACCGCUGUGGGGAAGUGGCUUGGCGACAACCUUUCCACGUGGGACCACUACCGCUGGGCGAUCCGCGGCAUGAUGGCCUUUGCCGCCAUCUACCAGGUGCCCAUGGUAGGCGCCGACGCCUGUGGCUUUGGCGGGUCCACGACGGAACCGCUGUGCGCCCGCUGGGCCAUGCUCGGCGCGUUCGCCCCGUUCUACCGCAACCACAACGAGUACCCCCCCUCCAUCUCGCAGGAGUUUUACCGGUGGCCCAUGGUCGCCGAGGCCGCGCGCAAGGCCAUUGACCUGCGCUAUCGUCUACUGGAUUACAUUUACACGGCCAUGUACCAGCAGACGCGCGACGGCACGCCGCUGGUCAACCCCAUGUUUUAUCUCUACCCGGACGAUGCGAAUACUUUUGGCCUUGACCUGCAGUACUUCUUUGGCCCUGGCCUGCUUGUGGCGCCCGUCACGCACGAGGGCGCGACGAGCGUUGAUGUGUAUUUGCCGGAAGACGUGUUUUAUGACUGGUACACGCACAAGCGUAUUCAGGGCAGGGGAAGGCCUGUGAGGGUGGAUAACCAGACUCUGACGGAUAUUCCGCUGUUCCUUCGCGGGGGUGUUAUCGUCCCGGUUAGAGUGAAGUCGGCCAUGACGACGGCUGAGUUGAGGAAGCAGAACUUUGAGCUGCUGGUCCCGGUGGGAAGGGACGGGACUGCGACGGGGCAGUUGUAUAUUGAUGAUGGGGAGAGUAUUGAGCAAACGCAGGGGACGACUAGUGUGGAGUUUAGGUAUGCAAGGGGCAGGUUGACGGCCAAGGGGAGGUUUGGGUUCAAGACGGAUGUGAGGAUUACGAAGGUCACUGUCAUUGGGGCGGGCCGUGGCCGUGGGAAACGGGAUGGGGAGGACGAUGUGGAGAGUACCGAGGUGGAGGUUGAUCUGGCGCUGACGGGGGACUUUGAGAUUGAUGUUGGUGGGCUUGAAUGA